AUAGAAAAUUAUCAUUCACUCCCUCUUCUUUCUUUCUCUCUCUUUUUCCACCUUCUUCUCCGCACCAUGCCCAAACCCCUCUUCAAUGUCCUCCUCCUUCUCCUCCCCCGGCGCCACCACCCCUUCCUCCCAUCUCUCUCAAACCCUUUCCCCUCUCUCCCAUACCUACACCGCCGCCAUUGCCGUCUCCGUCCUUCUCGUUCUCUCCGCCCUCCUUCUCGUCUCCUACCUCUGCUACCGCUCCGCUUCCCGCCAACCCAUCCCCAACCCUAACCCUAACUCUAACUCUAACUCUAAUCCUUCUAAUGGUGUUACGCUUCCUCGUAUCAUCUUCGUCACGGAGGACGACGAUGGCGAUGGCAACGGCGGCCAACAUAGCCCUGUACCGGGGCUUGACCCGGCGGCGAUCAAUUCGUACCCUAAGUUUCCUUUCUCGGCUGAGAAGGGUGGGGAUGUAGUUUGCUCGAUUUGCUUGUGUGAGUAUCGUGAUGGUGAGAUGCUAAGGAUGAUGCCUGAUUGCCGGCACUACUUCCAUUUGAUGUGUAUUGACGCUUGGCUUCGGCUCAAUGCCUCGUGUCCGGUUUGUAGGACUUCUCCCAUGCCGACGCCUUUGUCCACGCCACUGUCGGAGCUCGUCCCACUCUCUCAGUUCCCGGCCGGCCGGCGGAGGAGCUGACUUCUGUUUGAUGGGUUUUUUUUUCAGGUGCUGGACCUUGCUUCUCUUUGCUAUAUUAUAUUUCUGGUGUUUUUUAAAAUGUUUUAUUAUUGUGUUGGAGAAGAACUAUGUUUUGUUAGUGAAGCUUAUAGAUAGGACAUAGCUCUACAACAGUAGCAGGCUUGUCAGAUUACUGAAUGUUUAUUAGAAGCAUAGUUCAUAGAAAAUGAGAUUAGUGGAAAGUUUUAUGCUGAUAGAAGGCUAGUCUGAUUUUAAAAAGUUUGCAUUUUUUUAAAAAAAAAAUUAGACUUUUUGACAGUUUUGUCACUGGGAUGAUGGUGUUUUGCAAUCUGAAAUAUUCAUGGUUUUGGUAAAUAGAUUCUUGGGGACGUUUGGGUAUUACUUAUCUGUUGCACAUUGGAUACUCAGCAUAUUGAUUUUAUCCUGGCUUCACAAGAGUAUUUCUGUGUUCUUUUCUCUCAAAAUGUCAACAAAGUCUGCUUGUUGAGAACCUUUUAAUGUUUUGUGAUGUUUUUGGAGCUAAUUUAGAUGUUUUUAUUUGAUACUCUCUGUUCAAGCAACUGUAUGAAUGCUUAAAUAGGACAAGCAGCAAAGGCGGCAAAACCCCCAAAACUUUCCAGGUUUGAAAUUGUAGUCAGAAUGAUAUCCGAAGUUAGGAGAUGGAUGACCAUGACUUGAUAAGAGGAAUAAAAUUGUGUGUUAAGUAGGGACUUGCUUCCUGAGCGUAUGUAUAUUUUUGCUGGUUGAUACCAAGAUUUCAAUGAAUUUCAUAAUACUAAAAAAGUCAUGCUAGUAAAUUGUUGUUAUGGGUAAGUAAAGAAGGCUGAACUACAUGACAAUUACAUAGGUGGAUGAUUUAUUGGAGAAAAAAGGAGAUACUCUUGAUAUUCUUGUAAAAUCCUCUAAAUAAAAAGUUUAGGAUUUCUCUACCAUCUUGAUACCAUAAGAUUGACAUCUGUAACCUUGUGGAGUUGCACUGUACAACCAUACAGGUGAGCUUUUCCUUACUAGUAUAAGCUGGACAUUAUCAACAAGAAGAUACUAGUGCCCAACCAGUAAAACAAAAUAUCACACCUUUUUUCUGCAUUGCUUUUGCUUUUCUCUAAUCAUCCUUCAUUUGAGGAACACUGAUGAUUUUAUACGGAUGUUCCUCAUCUGCAUGAUUACAUGCAAUGAGAGAUCAUGUUACUGCAUCUUGUUCUUUUUUUAAGGCUUUUCAUAAUUCUGGUGGUUAUUGGCCAUUUCCUUUCAUGUCAGCCUUAAAUUUCUAAGCAUUAGUGUAAAAGGUUUUAACCUUUGGAUAGAAUCAGGAAAUUGAUACUUUAAGCUUUUGGAUGCAUGAGGGGUGCUUUUUCUGUAACAUAAACAUUGAGCCUGUCAGUGAUCCAAGCUGUCUGAUGUAGUUGUUACAGAUUCCUCUUCUUCAAGAGGACGGUGUGGGAUUUGGUAUCUACUCUAGGGAAUCACAAGAUUAAUUAAUCAAGCUUGUACAGUAUAGAAGAUUAAGUCUGAAUUUGGUACUGAGGAUCAGUAAAGUGUUGUCCAUUUGACCACCCAAGUUUUCCAAGGCCUAAUCUAUCAUGUAUGUGCCUGUCCAGACAGAAAGCAUCUUGUCUAGUUGAGGCCCAUGUUCAACAUCAGAAAGCCUUCUUUAAUCUUCUUUUCUUUGUUAAUAUUUUUGUGUUCCAACAGGUCCUUCACUCCUGUUGCUAAUUCCAUGAAUUAGUUAGAGUUGCAAAAAUGAGCAGAGCAUACAAGUAGAACAUACAAGAACACAUUAAGAAGAAAUUUUGAGGUUUUUUUUUGGGGUGAUGCACUUGUAUGCCGGAAUCCAUUCGAGUACUUGUUAUCAUUAAAAUAUGACGGUUGGAAAGAACGGUAAUCCAUUACCGUGGGAGAAUGGAUAGGAUGUCUUCUAUAUUA